CGACGCUCAGACUGUUCGCAGCCACGGCGCGAUAUGACAGGAUGGUGAGAGAUGAACGCGUCGUUCCUGCGUCGCUCUCGCGUCUGUCUGCAGGGCCCGAAGAAACGGCAAGCGUCGUGCUGUGCUUGGGCGAUUCUACUGCGAGGAAAAGGGCAGAUUAAUUUACCUUGAACCUUGUCAAAUAUCCCUCCCCGCGCGCAUGCGUUUGUCAUGGCCCGAUCGACGACCUCGAGGCGACUAUAGCAGCAACACCGAUCUCGCCGUCGAGUAUCUUGCGCCGCUGCUGCUCCAGUACGGGACAUGUUGCGCGCGCUGCUGCAGACGCUCGUGGCAUAGCAACAACCUUCUCCACACGCAGGCGAGCGACGCCACCUAACCCCAGCCAGUGACCGCGACGUGCAGCUGCGCCUGUCGGAUCUCCCGCCGGAACGUCAAUAAUAAUCAACAUGGCACUGCAAACACCGCGCAGUGGCCUGCAGCGCCCGUCCUUCGGCACCGCGUCCUCGCCCUCGCUGCGCGCCUCCGCCCAAGCUGCCUCGCGAAAGGCCAGUCUGCAAGCCCUCAACGGACACAAGAGCGUCACCCCCGUCAGGAUGGACGGCGAAGGCCUGGAGGUCGGCGAUGUCGUCAACGUGCCCGGCGACAUGUUCGGCAUCGUCAAAUUCGUGGGCAGCGUGCGCGGGAAGAAUGGCACAUUCGUGGGCGUUGAGCUGGACAAGGACUUUGCGGCGCGGGGCAAGAACGAUGGCGACGUGGAUGGGACACAGUACUUCCGCACCUCCGUCCCCGGCGCUGGUAUUUUCCUGCCUGUACACCGCGCCGAGAAACGACAGUCGCCUGGUUCCUUCCCCUCCACGCCCCUCACCCCUACCUACAGCACUGGCAUGAAUGGCGGCGCCGCUCCCAAAUUCUCGCAGUCGCUCGGUCCUGGCGCCAGGCCACAUAGCCCGCAGUUCAAGCCUAGGAGGCCAUCUCUGCCGCGGCCAGAGUCACCACUGCGGAGGCAGACGCCCAAUCUACAGCCCACCCCUGCGCGCAACCCGCUUGCGAGCAGCACGAGGGGUACCCGAACAGCCACGACACCAGGAAAGCCGAACCUGAAAGCUUCUACAUCCGGACGAACGUCCAAUGCCGUGCCCACUCCACGACCAUAUUCGCGGACUGGGUCACGACUCGGCCACAGACCUGAUGACAUUCAAGAGGAGAGAACACCAGUCGGAGUUGCUAGAACCGCAGAUCGUAGGAAUGGCAGCCAAAGCUCCACCAAGUCCUUCUCACAGCCUCUACGCGCAUCAUCACGGAUGGGUGGAGCAACGGACGAGGAACUACACAGGCUGCGAGCGGAGCUUGCAGAGCGGGAUAAGAGACUGGCCGAGCAAGCGGCAAAUCUGGCAGACAUGGAGGCCAGUGUGAAGGAACUAUCAGGACUCUUGCCUACAGAAGGCCAACUAGACCGCAAGCCCUCUUUUAUCCGCGACGAAGACGAUGCCAGCACCGCACAACUCCGGCAGAUGCUGAGGGAAAAGAACGAGAAGAUCCAAAUCCUGACGGCAGAGUUUGAUGCCCACAGAGCCGACUUCCGCAGUACCCUGGACUCACUGGAAAUGGCGAGCUCAGAGACGGAGCGCGUUUAUGAAGAGCAGAAACAGGAUCUGAUCGCUCAGGUCCAGGAACUGUCACAGCGGUUGGGAGAGCUCGAAGACUUGAAUCAGAGCAAGAAGGAGUUCGACGAGGUAGCAAGGCAGCUUAAGCAGCUGGAAGAUUUUGUGCAAGAACUCGAAGAAGGCCUGGAAGACGCGAGGAGAGGUGAAGCUGAGGCGAGAGGAGAGGUCGAGUUUCUGCGGGGAGAAGUGGAAAGAGGCAGGUCGGAAUUGAAGCGAGAGAGGGAGAAGGCUGCUUCUGCCAUGGCCUCGAAUGGCGGGGGCAUCUCGCCGAAAGAAUUGGAACAGAAAGAAGAUGAGAUCCGAGGACUAAAGGCAAUCAUCCACUCCUUUUCGACCAGCCCGGACUCUAGCAAAAGCAUCACGGGACUGGACGAAGUCAACAAACUGCGAGCUGCACUCGAUGAGAGCCACAAAGAAAAGGAGACUCUCGAGCAGGAACUGGAGCAGCUGCGUCGGGACAGCGCUCUCACUAAUGGCCAUGCACGGAAUGAGAGCGAAAUGACAGCCACUCCGGAUCAAGCUCCCUAUGCGCGCUCGCGCAGCGACACAGUCAAGCAAACGUUUGCCGAGCACGCCAAACGCACAAUAGCAGCCACCAACGGCGAUAUCGACAGCGGAAGUAAGCCUUCCGACAGCUCGUCCGCCGCUGUGUACUGCGAAAUGUGUGAGUCUGCCGACCACGACACGUUGGAUUGUAACCACUUCCAGUCGCAUCCUGAUUCCACCAACACCGACGCUUCGGGUGACCACCCUCCGGAUUCGGACGAGGACUAUUCGGCGUCGUUCAAGCAUGCGAGACAUCCUAGUGCUGCUCCCGCACCAUUGUCUUUGGGGGCAUUUGGGAAGAAUUCGAGCAAGGAGAAUAUGGAUCCGCUGGUGGAGAAGGCUGGAGAAGAGGAGAAUGGGAAAGUGGCGAAGGAGGGCGAGAAGAAAAAGAGCGAAGGUGAUGAGGAGAAAUGGUGUGCGCUCUGUGAAAAGGAUGGGCAUUUAGCCUACGAGUGUCCGGAUGAGCAGUAUUAGCUGAGUGCAUGUCACGCAGGGUUGGAUCUGUGACUCAAGCAAGUGUUCUUCGCUGAAAAUGGGCGCUGGCGGUGCGAGUCGCGACUUUUGGAGCGGACAAGGCAGGGAGAGAUAUGAAAUCUGAGGAUCAUAAUGACUUGCGUUUUGGAGCGAGCAAGCGUCUUUUUGGUGGACUCAGCGAAAGACAUUUUGUUGCUACCUGCGUGCCACGAUGGGUAUAAAGAUCUCGUGCUGUGCUGUGGCUUGUUGGCUGUGCCAAUUUUCUUUCUCUUCUAUGAGGCAUACCGGUAAUUCGAUGUUUAGUAGGUUAAUAAUUAAUGCUCUGAAAGGCCUACCUUGGUGUUCAUUCUACUUGCUAUCACUGAUUCGGAGCCCUCGCAGGAGCAGUUUUGAAUGGAGAUGAUUUUGGAUAUUCAACGAGGCUGCGCGAUCAAGCGAGUGAAGUGGAUUUUCCUCUCUUCGUUUCGGACAUAAUCG